GUGUGUUGGCCACGCCCAACAUAGUAAAAUCAUCAUCCCCAAGAUCAAGACCACAAGUUAAGUACGUUAGUAAGUCGAACCAUACUACUAUCUAUGGUCGAACACAGGCUACCAAAACAAUCCAUGGCGAAUAUUGAUGUGAACCUGGGUGCUCAGUCGUCAUAUGGAUCACAAACACUACCAAGGCAGGCUGUUAUUGAAACCAGUACCAGGUACUUAGGUUAUCGGAAACUUGUAGGAGACAUAUCAGAUCGUCUAAGAAAGGAGAAUGCUCUUCGGCUUGCGUACAUGUAUGACUUGCCAGCAUGGUAUUACGAAGUAGGUACAACAUAUGAUACUGCAUUUUCUUUGCGAGUACUGAUUGCUCUUGAAGGAAAGGGUGUGUUCUCUCCAGAGAGUCUGGAUGGCCUCAUGAAAGCUCUUAAGGACAUAUCUAGGGAAGACUGUGCAAAGCUUGUGGAUGAAUAUCUUGGAUCAUGUGAACUUCAAUCAAGUUUGGAAUGUACAUCAGUUCAAGAAAGUGAUUUAAGGAGGAGUAAAUCGAGUUCUGAAAAUUCUCGAAGAUGGCAAGCACGUGGAAACCAUUACAACUCUAUGAAUAUUCCUGUUGAUGUUAUAGAGAGAGAUCUGACACAACCAACUCUUCACCAAUCUCACAGUAUACCUAGUGAAAUAGGUGUCCACGAAUGUGCUACUACAAUAGGUAUUCGAACAUCGUCAAUGCCACCUGUUCAUCGGAGUGUGUCGCAUCAAGACUUUCGACUUUCUAUUGAAUGUAUCAUAAGCAAUGUGGAAUCCCUUGUAAAACAAAUUUCUACUGUAUCACAUGAGACACAACGUUCUAUCACUGCUCAAUCUACUCCGAACUCUUCUGUAAAUCUUCCAACUUGCCUGAGAGAUGCCCUUGCAUCAGCUAAGCUUGUGACUAGUAACCUCAAGCUUGCUUUAGCCUCCAAAAACUUAGGAAAACCAUCUAGUCUACCUGUAACCCCUGGCAGGGUGUCACCUGUAAUACCCUCAUUCAACAUAAGUGACGAAAGAAAUUUUAGUCGUUCAGGCUCUGCUGGUCUGGUCCCCUUGGAGACUAAUCAUGAGUUGGAGCAAGUGAACAAAAAACUGUUCUUUGAAGACGUAGAAGCUGGUGGAACCUCCAAUUUCCCCUCUCCUCCUUCAAGACAUUGUGAGGUCUUACACGCCCCUGAAUCUGAAAACAUGCAUAUUUGCCGUCCUUCAUUAGUCAACACUACUGCAAACUCUCAUAGUUCUGUACGUAAAACUCGAGGUCGGCGUGAGGUGAAACAAUUUUCAAGAAAAGGGCUUUUGUUUUGGCAAAUAAAGGUUAAGAAACUACAAAUAUGGUUGACCCAGUCACAUUCAAAAGUUGAAAGUGAACAGUUCUAUGACCAUUACAAGAGAAGCUUCAAAGCAAUGCUUCACCCGCACGGAAUAGGGGGUGAUGCAGGAAAAUACAUGACCCUUUCCAUUGAUUGUUUGGACGAACCACCUAGUAAAUUGCCAGUCACUAGGAUCGUCGUGAAGCUAGUUGACCCCAAUUCUACUGCUAGCGUAAUUCCGACUGUUGAACAAUCAAUUGAAAGAAGAGGUAUUCGAUUUUUCCAGCAAUUUCUCUCUCAUGCUCAGGUACAACAUUUUAAAUCAACAGAUGUGAUUAUCAUAACGAUAGCUGUCGUUAGUGAAAACACUGAAGAAACCGAUGAUGACUUAUAAUAUUUUUUAAUCAAUAUUAUUAAUAACAUUUUUACGCAACAUUUUACUACUUUUUUACCAUACAUUUUUAUUAUAAUUAUACAUGAGUGGAAAUUAACACAGUA